AUGAAGAUGAUGUAUUCUUUAUUGAUUGUUAUAUCAUUGGUUGCCAUUUGUGGCAAUGUCAUCAAUGCCAACAACCCACCUAAUGUUCCAUAUAGCCAAGAGAUUGGAACACAACAUGUUCUGAUGAACUACGUCUCAUACUGUGACACACAACAAAUCUUGGACUGGACCUGUCCCAGAUGCAAGAACUUCCCCGGUGCCACCAACAUCAAGGUCGUCGAAAACAAAGAAUUAUCUACAUUCGGAGUUGUUGCAACAUACAAUGAUACAGUGUUCAUUGCCUUUAGAGGAUCGGUCGAUGUUACCAACUGGAUCUCAAACUUUGAGUUUGCUCACGUUGAUUAUCCAAAUGUUACUGACGCCAAGGUUCACUUUGGUUUCUACCACGCAUGGCUGGGAGUUGCUGAUCAGUCCAAGGUUGCACUCACAGACUCACUCAAGGAGUGUCCAACCUGCACCAUGAUCCAAGUACUCGGUCACUCAUACGGUGCUGCUGUAUCUACAUUCUGUAUGGCCGAGGUCGUCCAAUGGUUCCCCAACAUUCCAGUUCAGUCAAUGACUAUUGGAUCACCAAGAGUUGGUAACAAUGUUUGGGCUGAGUGGUACAACCAACUCCAGCCAAACACAUGGCGUGUGGUCAACCAAAGAGAUGUUGUGCCACAUCUGCCACCAAGAGAGUCAGUCAAUGAGUACCAUCACGUUCCAAACGAGAUUUGGUAUCCAAAGAACUCGACGACAUAUGAGGUCUGCAAUGACAGUGGUGAAGACCCUUCAUGCAGUGACUCCAUCCUCCCACCAUUCUACAGCCAGGCUGACCAUCUCGACUACCUUGGUCAAGACUGUUGCUGU